AUGCAGAUAUUCUUGGGUUCAAAGUUAUCUACUGGAACAAAACCACAAAAGUUGCAAUAUGUGAUUGGAAUACCAAAAGCUAAACUCUAUGUCCCAGGAAAUGUACCAUUGCACAUAAAGAGAUUUGCAACUAAAUCAAACCAAAACCCAAACCACCACCACCACANACUACCUAGCGAGGACGGAAGGGCAAGAGAACCAAGGGGCGGGGUUCCCAGUGGCGGGGCGGUUUGGGACGGCUGGGCUGUCGAGCAGUGGUCUCCGGUUGCCGGCCACCGGAGUGGAAUCGUCGUCUCUCCGGUUAGCGACAUUGUUGCGGGCACUGAAGAAGGAUUUCUUAGAAGGGGUCGAAAACAUUUUUGCUCCUUACAGCGUGAUGGGUAUAGGGUUUACACUUCCGCUUUCAACAUUUUUGGAAAAGGAAGUUUACCUGUAGACACCAUUUUCGUAAAUCCAGCUUUCUUUGUACGCUAG